CGCACAAGCUAACAGGCUAUAGACCCCCACGUAGCUUCUCGCUGAAUGCCGUUGUUGAAGGGAUAAUGUAAUUUUUUUUGUAACAGACGUUAAAGUGAGUUUAUUAGACGGACUUGCCACCACGCACCCUUGUGCCACUUGCGUCCUACGUGCGUGAGUGUUUAUAAAGUGCGUUUAAUAAUACAGUAAAUAAAAAGUUGCUUUAACUGAAUUAUCUUUUAUUACGUUUCUUGUUUAUUUUAAGACCAUUUCCGCAAAUCGCACAUUUGUAAUAGGGCGCUUCUGUGCGCAGUUUCAUCGCAUAGCGCAGAUAAGGCAGAGGAGUAGCUGAGAGUCGCUUUGAAAAAAGGGGGUUCAGGAUGGAGAGGAGAGUGUCCGUGAGGCUUCUCCAACUCUUCACGGCGCUGCACGUGAUAGCCUCGGCCACAGCAGCGGUUGGGACAUUGAGCCCCAUCACAGACGACGAGGAGGGUGAUGACGAUGAAGAAGACAGGGAGGAGGAGGAGCAGGGCUGCCUGUGGAAUCAGUUCCAGUGCGGUGGUGGGGCUUGUGUGCCACGCAGCUGGGUGUGCGACUGGGAAAGUGACUGCAGCGAUGGCUCCGAUGAGACCAGCUGCCCUCCCAAGACGUGCAGCCCGACGCAGUUUGUUUGCAAGGAUGGGCUGACGUGCAUCUCCCUGGGCUGGCGCUGCGAUGGGGAGAAGGAUUGUCCCGAUGGCUCGGAUGAAUCGCCGGAGAUCUGUCAGAAGCCGAAUGAGAUGAAGUGUCAGGUCAAUCACUACCACUGCCUUGGAACCGAGCUGUGCAUUCACAUGAGCAAGCUAUGCGACGGGAAUAAUGACUGUCCGGAUGGCUACGACGAAGGAACGCACUGCCGAGAGUUUGCAGAAAACUGCACAGUGACACUGUGUCGUCACAAGUGUGCGGUGACGAGGGAAGGCCCCGCUUGUUACUGCACCGUCGGUCACGAGGUUACCCCGGAUGAGAAAGGCUGCAAAGACUUUGACGAGUGUGCCGUGUAUGGCACGUGCAGCCAGAAUUGCCUAAACACCGACGGCUCUUACUCGUGCAGCUGCGUUGAGGGGUACCUCCUGCAGCCCGACAGCAAGUCCUGCAAGGCCAAGAAUGACCCGGUCGACCGGCCAGCGGCUCUGCUCAUCGCCAACUCCCAGAAUAUUGUGGCAACGUACCUGAACGGCAGCAUCGUGCCGGGCCUAACACCCGUGGCGACGCGGCAGGCGAGCGCCAUGGACUUCAGCUACAGCGAGGAGAUGGUGUGCUGGGUCAACGUGGGCGACAGCCCCACGGAGAGCAGGCUUCACUGCGCACGCAUGGCAGGCUUGAAAGGCUUCUCCGGCGAGCGUGUCAUCAACAUUUCUCUCAACGUUCACCAUGUUGAGCAGAUGGCCAUUGACUGGCUGACAGGAAACUUCUACUUCAUGGAUGAUGUCGACGACCGGAUUUUCGUGUGCAACAAGCAGGGGGACACCUGCGUUACUCUUCUCGACUUGGAGCUGUACAAUCCGAAAGCCAUCGCCCUGGACCCUACCAUGGGGAAACUUUUCUUUACCGACUACGGGCAGAUCCCAAAGGUCGAGCGCUGUGACAUGGAUGGAGGAAACUGCAGCAAGCUCGUGGAUAGCAAGAUUGUUUUUCCGCAUGGCAUCGCGCUUGACCUGGUCAGCCGGCUGGUUUACUGGGCAGACGCCUACUUGGACUACAUCGAGGUCGUGGACUACGAGGGUCGUAACAGGAGAACCAUCAUUCAGGGGCCCUCCGUGGAGCACCUGUUUGGGCUGAGCGUCUUCGAGAACUACCUCUACGCCACCAGCAUCGACAACAGCAACUCGCCGCAGAACACCACAGUCAUCCGGGUCAACCGCUUCAACAGCACCGACUACCAGGUGUUGACACGCGUGGUCAAGGGCGGCGCCCUGCACAUCUACCACCGGCGUAGGCAACCCACAGUACGCAGCCACGCCUGCGCCCCAGACCAGUACGGAAAGCCGGGCGGCUGCUCUGACAUUUGCCUGCUGGCCAGCAGUCACAAGACUCGAACGUGCCGCUGCCGCUCGGGAUUCAGCCUGGGCAGCGACGGAAAGUCCUGCAAGAAGCCCGACCACGAGCUCUUCCUCUUGUAUGGCAAGGGCCGCCCGGGCAUCAUCCGCGGCAUGGAUGUGACGGGGCGAGUGCAGGACGAGUUCAUGAUCCCCAUCGAGAACCUCGUGAACCCUCGCGCCGUUGACUUCCACGCCGAGACCGGAUACGUCUACUUUGCCGACACCACCAAUUUCCUCGUGGCGCGGCAGAAGAUUGACGGCACAGAGCGGGAGACUAUCCUUAAAACCAACAUUAACAAUGUGGAAGGCAUUGCCGUGGACUGGAUGGGCUACAAUCUCUACUGGACCGACGAUGGUCUGAAGACCAUCAAUGUAGCUCGUUUGGAGAAGGCCUCGCAGGCACGGAGAACACUCAUUGAGGGGAACAUGACUCAUCCACGGGCCAUCGCUGUCGAUCCUGUGCACGGAUUCAUGUACUGGACUGACUGGGAGGAGGACCCUAAGGGCACCAAGCGAGGGAAAAUUGAGCACGCCUGGAUGGACGGCACCCACCGCUCUAUCUUCGUCUCCUCCAAGACGGUGCUGUGGCCCAAUGGCUUGUCGCUCGAUAUCCCCAAUGGCAUUCUCUACUGGUGUGACGCCUACUUCGACCAAAUUGAACGCAUUAAGCUGGAUGGGACCGAACGCAAGGUGGUCUACGAUGGGCAGGAGCUGAGCCAUCCGUUUGGCCUGACCCACCAUGGCCACAACAUCUUCUGGACCGAAUACCGCCUGGGCACCGUGUACCGCUACGACACCAUCAGCCGCAACACCACCGUACUGCGCAACGAGCGACCGCCCAUCUUCGAAAUCCGCACCUAUGACCGCGAGCAGCAAAAAUCCGGGACCAACGCGUGCCACGUCAACAACGGGGGCUGCAGCAUCCUCUGCCUUGCUAUCCCCGACGGACGCGCGUGUGCCUGUGCUGAUGAUCAGCUGUUGGACGCCGACAACAUUACCUGCAAACCGAACCCAGACUACACGCCUCCACCCCAGUGCCAUCCCGGCGAGUUUGCCUGCAAGAACGGCCGCUGCAUUCAGGAGCGCUGGCGGUGUGACGGGGACAAUGACUGCUUGGACAAUAGCGACGAAGCACCGGAGAUUUGCCACCAACACACUUGCCCUUCUGACCGCUUCAAGUGUCAGAACAACCGCUGCAUCCCACUGCGCUGGCUCUGCGACGGCGACAACGACUGUGGGAACAGCGAGGAUGAAUCCAACACUACUUGUGCCGCUCGGACAUGCCCUCCAAACCAGUUCUCCUGUGCCAGUGGUCACUGCAUCCCUAUGUCCUGGAAGUGUGACCUGGACGAUGACUGUGGAGAUCGCUCGGACGAGCCACCUUCCUGUGCAUACCCCACGUGCUUCCCGCUCACGCAGUUUGCUUGCAACAACGGCCGCUGCAUCAACAUGAACUGGCGCUGCGACGCAGACAACGACUGCGCGGACGCGAGCGAUGAGAUUGGCUGCAACCACUCGUGCUCGAUUUCCCAGUUCAAGUGCAACAGCGGGCGUUGCAUCCCCAGCCACUGGACCUGCGACGGGGACAACGACUGCGGCGACUUCAGCGAUGAAACCAACCCCAACUGCACCAAGCUCGCGACCCGACCACCGGGUGGCUGCCACGGGGACGAGUUCCAGUGCAAAGCGGACGGGCAGUGCAUUCCACUUCGCUGGCGCUGCGAUGGUGACACCGACUGCAUCGACACGAGCGACGAGAAGGAGUGCGAUGGCGUCGUGCGCACCUGUGACCCCACGUUGCAGUUUUCCUGUCGGGAUACGGGCCGUUGCAUCAGCAAGACGUGGUUCUGCGAUGGUGACAAUGACUGCGAGGACAACUCUGACGAGGAGGGCUGCGAAACCAUGCUGUGCAAGCCACCCUCCCAUUCCUGCGCCAACGAUUCCAGCAUCUGUCUGCCACCCAAGAAGCUGUGCGAUGGUCACAGCGACUGUCCUGACGGCUCUGACGAAGGCAUGCUGUGCGACCAGUGCCAGGUGAACAAUGGGGGCUGCACGCACAACUGCACCGUGGCGCCGGGCGAAGGGGUGGUGUGCUCGUGCCCAAGUGGCAUGCAGCUGGGGAAGGACAAGAAGAGCUGCGACUUCAUGGACUACUGCGCCCGUCACCUCCGCUGCAGCCAGCGCUGCGAACAGGAGAAGAGCAUCGUCAAGUGCGGCUGCUAUGACGGCUGGAUGCUGAUGCCUGACGGGGAGAAUUGCCAGAGCCUUGACCCUUUCGUCCCUUUCAUAAUAUUCUCCAACCGCCACGAGAUCCGGCGCAUCGACCUGCACAAGGGCGAUUACAACGUCCUGGUGCCGGGUCUCCGCAACACCAUCGCCAUCGACUUCCACCUCAAUCAGAGCUCCCUCUACUGGACCGACGUUGUGGAGGACAAGAUCUACCACGGGAAGCUCUCCGAAACGGGAGGCCUGACGAGCGUGGAGGUGGUGGUGCAGCACGGGCUGGCCACGCCGGAGGGACUCGCCGUGGACUGGAUCGCGGGCAACAUCUACUGGGUUGAGAGCAACCUGGACCAGAUCGAGGUGGCGCUACUCAACGGGACCAUGCGCAGCACCCUGGUGGCGGGCGGCAUCGAGCAUCCGCGCGCCAUCGCGCUUGACCCUCGAUACGGGAUUCUCUUCUGGACUGACUGGGAUUCGUCGUUUCCCCGGAUUGAGGCCAUCUCCAUGAGUGGCACAGGGCGGCACGUCAUCCACCAUGAGAUGGGAGCUGGAGGCUGGCCCAACGGCCUCACCGUAGACUACCUGGAGAACCGCAUCAUGUGGAUAGAUGCCCGCUCCGACUCCAUCUACUCUGCCCUGUACGAUGGCACGGAGCUCAUUGAGGUGCUGCGGGGCCACGAGUUUCUGUCGCACCCCUUCGCCGUCACCCUCUUUGGAGGAGAGGUGUACUGGACCGACUGGCGCACCAACACGCUGGUGCGUGCAAACAAGUGGACGGGCCAAAACGUGACGGUGGUGCAGCGCACCAACACGCAGCCCUUCGACCUGCACGUCUUCCAUCCAACUCGGCAGCCGAUGGCCAACAAUCCAUGUGGAGACAAUGGGGGCAGAGGUCCGUGCUCUCAUCACUGCCUCAUCAACUACAACCGAACAGCUGCCUGUGCCUGUCCACACCUCAUGAAGCUACAGCCUGACAAACGGACGUGCUCUGAGCAUUGGAAGUUCCUUCUCUACGCCCGGCAGAUGGAAAUUCGCGGAGUGGAUAUCGAUGCCCCUUACUACAACUUCAUCAUCUCGUUUACUGUGCCUGACAUUGACAAUGUGACUGCUGUUGAUUUCCACGGAGCGGAGCAGCGCAUCUAUUGGUCCGAUGUUCGCACGCAGACCAUAAAGCGUGCCUUCAUCAAUGGUACCAACGUAGAGACCAUCGUUUCAGCAGACUUGGCAAACGCACACGGCUUGGCUGUCGACUGGAUAUCCGGGAACCUUUACUGGACCAGCUACGACGCGAACAAGAAGCAGAUCAAUGUGGCUCGCAUGGACGGCUCCUUCAAGACGGCUGUGUUGCAAGGGCUGGACAAGCCCCAUGGGCUGGCGCUGCACCCCAUAAAAGGAAAGAUGUACUGGACAGAUGGUGACACCAUCAAUGUAGCUAACAUGGAUGGAAGUGAAAAAGCUGUUCUCCACAACCAACAGAAAGGCCCUGUUGGAUUGUCCAUUGACUACGAGGAGAGCAAGUUGUACUGGAUCAGCUCUGGGAACGGCACCAUCAACCGCUGUGAGCUGGACGGCUCGGGGCUGGAAAUUGUAGAAACGAUGAAAAGCAAGCUCACCAAGCCGUCGGCACUCGCCAUCAUGGGAGAGAAGCUCUGGUGGGCAGACCAGGCCUCUGAGCAGCUUGGGACCUGCAGCAAGCGCGAUGGCUCCAACGCUGUCGUCCUGCGCAAUUCCACAGCCAACGUGAUGCACUUGCGCGUGUACGACCGGGACCUGCAGAAAGGCACGAACCCGUGCAGCGUGAACAACGGAAACUGUGCCCAGCUGUGCCUCCCCAGCUCGGAGACGGUGCGCACCUGCCGCUGCACGGCCGGCUACAACCUGCAGGCUGACCAGCGCAACUGCGAAGCAGGUAUCGGAGCCUUCCUGCUGUACUCCGUUCACGAAGGCAUCCGUGGCAUCCCCCUGGACCCAGCCGAUAAGACCGAUGCCUUGGUGCCAAUAUCCGGCACCUCGCUCGCCGUUGGCAUUGAUUUUCAUGCAGGAAACGAUACAAUCUACUGGGUGGACAUGGGAUUAAGCAGCAUUCACCGUGCAAAGCGAGACCAGACUUGGAGAGAGGACAUCAUCACCAAUGGCCUGGGAAGAGUCGAAGGAAUUGCUGUGGACUGGAUUGCCGGAAACAUCUACUGGAUUGACCAGGGCUUUGACGUGAUUGAGGUGGCCAGAUUAAACGGCUCCUUCCGCUACGUGGUCAUCUCGCAGGGGCUGGAUAAGCCCCGGGCCAUCGCCGUGCACCCAGAUAAAGGGUACCUCUUCUGGACUGAGUGGGGCCAGAACCCUCGCAUUGAGCGAUCCCGUUUGGAUGGAACGGAGCGCACUGUCUUGGUCAAUGUCAGCAUCGCGUGGCCCAAUGGCAUCUCUGUCGAUUAUGAGGAGGACAAGCUGUACUGGUGCGAUGCCCGCACAGACAAGAUCGAGCGCAUUGACCUGGAGACCGGAGAGAAUCGGGAGGUCGUGUUGUCCACCAGCAACAUGGACAUGUUCUCCGUGUCUGUCUUCGGAGACUACAUCUACUGGAGUGAUCGGACCCAUGCUAAUGGCUCCAUCAAGAGAGGCAGCAAGGAAAAUGCCACAGAUGUGGUGGCCCUGAGAACGGGUAUUGGCGUGCAACUCAAGGAUGUGAAAGUCUUCAACAAGGAGAGACAAAAGGGCACAAACGUUUGCGCCAGGAAGAACGGUGGCUGCGAGCAGCUGUGCCUGUACCGCGGCGAGGGCCGGCGGAUGUGCGCGUGCGCUCACGGCCUCCUGGCGGAGGACGGCGUCUCGUGCCGCGACUACGACGGCUACCUGCUCUACUCGGAGCGAACCAUCCUCAAGAGUGUGCAUCUCUUCGACGAGCUCAAUCUCAAUGCGCCGGUGCGGCCCUUUGAAGACCCGGAGCACAUGAAGAACGUCAUCGCGUUGGCCUUUGACUACGGCUCAGGACCACGCCCCACCUCGGGUGGCGUCCCUUACCGCCGGCGCAGGAUCUUUUUCAGCGACAUCCACUUUGGGAACAUCCAGCAGCUCUUCAAUGAUGGAACUGGCCGACGAGUCAUCGUGGAGAACGUGGGCUCUGUGGAGGGGCUGGCUUACCACCGGGGCUGGGACACUCUCUACUGGACGAGCUACACCACGUCCACCAUCACGCGCCACACGGUCGAUCAGGCCAGACCCGGCGCCUUCGACCGAGAAACCGUCGUUACCAUGUCAGCAGACGAUCACCCACGUGCUUUUGUCAUGGACGAAUGCCUCAACCUGAUGUUCUGGACCAACUGGAACGAGCUGAGCCCCAGCAUCAUGCGCUCCUUCCUCUCGGGAGCCAACGUGCAGGUGAUCGUGGGCAGCAACAUCCGCACGCCCAAUGGGCUGGCCAUCGACCAUCGAGCAGAGAAGCUCUACUUCUCCGAUGCCACCCUCGACAAGAUCGAGCGGUGCGAGUACGACGGCUCCCACCGAUACGUUAUCCUGCGCUCAGAGCCCGUGCACUCCUUCGGGCUGGCUGUGUACGGAGACUUUGUGUUCUGGACGGACUGGGUGCGACGCGCUGUGCUGCGUGCCAACAAGUUCACGGGCACCGACGUGAAAGUGCUUCGCGGGGAGAUCCCUCAGCAGCCCAUGGGCAUGAUCGCGCUUGCCAACGACACCAACAGCUGCGAACUGUCUCCCUGCAAAGUAAUGAAUGGAGGCUGCGAGGACCUGUGCCACAUCACCGAGGAUGGCCGGUUCAACUGCAAGUGUCGCGGAGAACGAGUGCUGGUGGAUGGAACGCGGUGCGUUGCGCGGAAGAACUCCUGCGACCUGCAGACCGAGUUCGAGUGCAACAAUGGUGACUGCAUUCGCUACCACCUGACGUGUGAUGGCGUUGCUGACUGCAAGGACAAGUCGGACGAGAAGCCCUUCUAUUGCACCAGCCGUCAGUGCAAGAACGGCUACGUGAAUUGCCUCAACGGCCGCUGCAUGGAGACUGCCAAGCUGUGCAAUGGUGUCAACGACUGUGGAGAUAAUUCGGAUGAGAUUGCCUGCAACAACUCCACCUGUGGCGCGGAUGAGUUCCGAUGCGGCGACGGGUCUUGCAUUGCCAACGUCACUCGCUGCAACCAGGUGGUGGACUGCGACGAUAUCUCCGAUGAGACCGGCUGCGGCCCGAUGAACUGCACCCAUUACCACCGGCUGGGCGUGCAGGCGUCGGGCUACGUGAGCUGCAACUCCACGUCGCUGUGCGUGCUUCCUGCUUGGAUCUGUGACGGCGCCAACGAUUGCGGAGACUACGCAGAUGAAAAGAACUGCAAAAAGAAGUCGGGCUCGCCUGGCUGCAGCCCGGACUACUUCAACUGCCCCAGCGGCCCCUGCAUCCCCACGGCCUGGAAGUGCGACCGCGAGCCGGACUGUGACGACGGAGCAGACGAGCUCAACUGUGAUAUGCUCUGCGCUGUGGAUCAUUUUGAGUGUGACAACGGAAAAUGCAUUACCAAGCGUUGGAUGUGCGAUGGGGAAGAUGACUGUGGAGACCGCUCUGAUGAAAAGGACGCCCACUGCAGUGCGGUCACGUGUGGACCCGACAAGUUCCAGUGCCCCAACUCGCGCUUGUGCAUCCCACCGCUCUGGGUGUGCGACGGGGAUCGCGACUGCCCUGACGGCGCCGACGAGAGCGUCACCAGCAGCUGCCUUUUUCGAAAUAAGUGCCCUCCCGAGGAGUUCCAGUGCGCCAACAGACGCUGCAUCCUGCAGCGCUGGGUGUGCGACCACGACAACGACUGUGGGGACAAUUCUGACGAGUCUCCCGAAUGCGAUUACCCUAUGUGUGGACCUAAUCAGUUCCGCUGCGCAAAUGGGCGCUGCCUGCUCAAAGGCAGUUGGGAAUGCGACGGAGACUUUGACUGCCACGACCGAUCGGACGAGGCUCCCAUCAACCCACACUGCAGUGCUAACAACAGCAAGUGUAACGACUCGUCCUCGUUCCCGUGCGCCAACGGGCGGUGCGUGAACGAGAGCAUGCUGUGCAACAACCAGGACGACUGCGAGGACGGCUCUGAUGAAAGGAACUGCAACAUCAAUGAGUGCGCCGACCGGCGCAUCAGCGGCUGCACUCAGGAGUGCACCGACCUCAAGAUUGGCUACAAGUGCAAGUGUCGUGCUGGAUUUCAACUUAAGGACGAUGGGAAGACGUGCGUCGACAGGGAUGAAUGCCGAACCACAUACCCAUGCAGCCAGACCUGUCUCAACAGCCACGGCAGCUUCAAGUGCCUCUGCACGGAUGGCUAUAGGCAGCGGGUUAAUGAUUCCACCAGCUGCAAGGCCAUUUCUGACGAGGAAGCCAUUCUCAUAUUUGCCAACCGCUACUACUUGCGAAAGGUUAACCUGGAUGGCUCAAACUACACGCUACUCAAGCAGGGGCUCAACAAUGCAGUGGCUCUGGAUUUUGAGUGGAGCGAGCAAUGGGUUUACUGGACGGAUGUGACCACGCAAGGAAGUAUGAUCCGACGGAUGCACAUGAACGGAUCCGACACACAGAUAUUGCAUCAGAGUAUAAACUCUGAGGACGAACAUGGGGUCCUGCACCGCACCAGCCUCAGCAACCCAGACGGACUCGCGGUCGACUGGAUCGGUGGCAAUCUCUACUGGUGCGACAAGGGGCGGGACACCAUCGAGGUGUCCAAACUGAAUGGGCUCUAUCGCACCGUGCUGCUUAAUAAUGGCCUCAAGGAGCCCCGGGCCCUCGCUGUGGAUGUCCGUGGAGGGUACCUGUACUGGUCGGACUGGGGUGAGCACCCGCACAUUGGACGCAUGGGCAUGGACGGCAGCAACCGCAGCGUGGUCAUUGACACCAAGAUCACGUGGCCCAACGGGCUGUCGCUGGACUACGUCAACAACCGCAUCUACUGGGCGGACGCGCGCGAGGACUACAUCCAGUUUGCGGACAUGGACGGAGCCAACAGGCACACAGUUGUGAGCGAGGACAUUCCGCAUAUCUUCGCGCUGUCCCUCUUCGAGGACCACGUCUACUGGACCGACUGGGAGACGAAGACGGUGAACCGAGCGCACAAGAGCACGGGCGCAGACCGGACGACGCUCAUCAGCACGCUGCACAGGCCCAUGGACCUGCAUGUGUACCACCCCUUCCGGCAGCCUGACGUUCCCAAUCAUCCGUGCAAAGUGAACAACGGAGGCUGCAGCAACCUGUGCCUGAUCUCACCGGGCGGUCAGUACAAGUGUGCCUGCCCCACCAAUUUCUACCUGGCCAGUGAUGGGCGUACCUGCCUUUCGAACUGCACUGCAAGUCAGUUCGUGUGCAAGAAUGACAAGUGCAUCCCCUUCUGGUGGAAGUGCGACACGGAGGAUGACUGCGGAGACCGCUCGGAUGAGCCAGCUGACUGCCCUGAUUUUAAGUGCCGUCCUGGCCAAUUCCAGUGCAAGAACGGCAUCUGCACCAAUCCAGCCUUCAUCUGCGACGGGGACAAUGACUGCGGGGACGGCUCUGAUGAAGCCAACUGUGAUGUUCACGUCUGCCUGCCAAGCCAAUUCAAGUGUCGCACCACCCAUCGCUGCAUCCCAGGCAUCUUCCGCUGUAAUGGCCAGGAUAAUUGCGGAGACGGCGAGGAUGAGAAGGAUUGCCCAGAGGUCACGUGCGCCCCUAACCAGUUCCAGUGUUCGUCGACCAAGCGAUGCAUCCCGCGCGUGUGGGUGUGCGACCGUGACAACGACUGCGGGGAUGGCUCUGAUGAGCCUGCCAACUGCACCCAGAUGACGUGCGGCCAGGAGGAGUUCCGCUGCAAGGGCACAGGACGCUGCAUCCCGUCCCGGUGGAAGUGCGACGGGGACGACGAUUGCGGCGACACGUCGGACGAGCCCAAGGAGGAGUGCGAGGACAGAACCUGUGAGCCGUACCAGUUCCGCUGCAAGAACAACCGUUGUGUGCCGGGGCGCUGGCAGUGUGACUACGACAACGACUGUGGAGACAACUCUGACGAGGAGGGCUGUACUCCGCGGCCGUGCUCUGAGAGCGAGUUCUCGUGCGCGAACGGACGCUGCAUCGCUGGCCGCUGGCGUUGCGAUGGUGACCACGACUGCUCCGAUGGCUCCGACGAGAAGGACUGCUCUCCCCGUUGCGACCACGAUCAAUUCCAGUGCCGUAAUGGCCACUGCAUCCCUCAGCGCUGGCGCUGCGAUGCCGACAUCGACUGCAUCGAUGGCAGCGACGAGGAUAACUGCGCCGCAAUCGUGCGGACCUGUCCUCACCACGAGUUCCAGUGCAACAACACACUGUGCAAGCCUUUGUCCUGGAAAUGCGAUGGCGAGGACGACUGUGGUGACAAUUCGGAUGAGACCCCGGAGAUGUGCUUGAAGUUCCAGUGUCCACCAGGAAGACAGUUUCGAUGCAGGAACAACAGAGUGUGCUUCUGGGCCGGACGGCAAUGCGAUGGCGUUGACAACUGUGGGGACGGUUCGGAUGAAGAGAACUGCGAGAAGCCGAGCCCAAAGCCACGCAUUUGCAACAGCAGUGAGUUUAAGUGCGGCGGCACGGAGAGGAAGUGCAUCAGCACUCAGCUCGUGUGCAACCGUUUUGACGACUGUGGCGAUGGUGGCUCCGAUGAGGUGGCCUGUGGAGGAGACCAAUUUGUCAACGAGUGCCAUCGUCCAUUGAACCCGUGCGGCGAUGAUGCGAUCUGUCACGACACCUUACGAGGAUACUACUGCGAGUGUAAACCUGGCUUCCAGCGCAAGGCCACCACCUCCAUAUGUGAAGAUGUGAAUGAGUGCGCACAGUUUGGAGUGUGCACACAGCUCUGCAACAACACGAAAGGCUCCUACAAGUGUAACUGUUCCAAGAACUACAUCAAGGGGCUCCAUCACAGCUGCAAGGCAGAAGGCUCGGAGCAGAUGGUGUUGUACAUCGCCGACAACAACGAGAUCCGCAGCCUGGCGCCAAACAACCCCAACAUGGCAUACGAGCAGGCCUACCAGGGAGACGCGACCGUCCGCAUUGACGCCAUGGACGCCCACGUCAAGUCCAAUCGCAUCUUCUGGACCAACUGGCACAUGGGCCGCAUCUCAAUGCUUGAGCUGUACCCGGCCGGGGAGCACAGGCACCGCCGUCAGGCGUCCGGGACUGUUGUCGACCUCGACAUCUCGGGCCUAAAGAUGCCACGCGGAGUGGCCGUGGAUUGGGUGGCCGACAACCUGUACUGGACCGACUCUGGCCGCGACGUCAUCGAGGUGGCGCAGCUUCGCGGCCGCUACCGCAAGACGCUCGUCUCUGGCAUGAUCGACGAGCCACACGCCAUCGUGCUCGACCCCAUCCGCGGCCAGAUGUAUUGGUCGGACUGGGGCAAUAAUGCUAAGAUUGAGCAGGCAUCCAUGGAUGGCACAAGGCGGCACAACUUUGUGGAGAAGGACCUGCAGUGGCCUACGGGCUUGGCAAUUGACUUCAUGAACCAGCGGUUGUACUGGGCUGAUGCCAAGCUCUCGGUGAUUGGCAGCAUUCGUCUGGAUGGCACUGACCGGGUGGUGGCUGUUGACAGCAAGCAAGGGUUAUUACAUCCGUUCAGCAUCGAAAUUUUUGAGGAUUACAUAUACGGCGUGACGUACGUAAACAACCGCGUGUUCCGCAUUCACAAGUUCGGCAGCGGCACGGUGGUCAACAUCACCGCAGGAAUGAGCCACGCCACUGAUAUCGUCGUCUUCCACCCGCUCAAGCAGCCGGAAGUGAUAAAUCCGUGUGAGCAGAGGAAGUGUGAGUGGCUGUGUCUGCUCAACCCCAACGGGGCGACCUGCAGCUGCCCCAAUGGCUGGGCACUUGUGAACGGCACAUGCCUGGAAGUACCAACACCCACAAGUCAGCCGGACGGAUCCACCCCAGGCCCAUGCACCCUGCCAUGUCUCAAUGGGGGCAGCUGCUUCUUGAACGAGCGUGGGCUCGCCAAGUGCAAGUGUCAACCGCGCUUCUCUGGCGAACGCUGCGAGCUUGACCAGUGCAAGGAAUACUGCCAGAAUGGGGGCACCUGCAUGGCGUCUCCAUCGGGAAUGCCCACCUGCCGUUGCCCCAACCGCUUCACGGGGGCGCAGUGCGAGCGCAAGGUGUGCGACGGCUACUGCCUCAACGGCGGCGCCUGCAGUGUCAACGCUGGGAACCAGCCCGUCUGCCGCUGCACUGAUGCCUACAAGGGAGACAGAUGCCAGAGCACGCUGUGCGACAGCUACUGCAUGAACGGUGGCGUGUGCUCCUUCGCCAAGGAUGGCUCGCCGCUAUGUGCCUGCCACCCGCGCUUCCUGGGCACGCGCUGCGACACCGACCGCUGUGGGCACUGUCCCGGAGGGCAGUGCGAGCUGGGUCCAGGGGCCGGGGAUGUCCGGUGCAACUGCACAGGACCAGCCUGCAGCAGGUGCCUGGAGUUCUGCUAUAACGGAGGUCUGUGCUUCUGGGACUCUGUCGCAGGACGCCCUGCAUGCCAAUGCCAGCCAGGCUGGGAGGGCAGCCAGUGUGAACGAAAUUCUCCAAAUAGGUCCACGAGCCCGGACGAAGGAAAAACGCUAUCAGUGGUGGUGCCCCUGGUUCUGCUCGCCCUGAUUAUUGUCAGUGUCGUUGCGUUCUUCUGCUACAGGAGAAGAGUAAAAGGAGCCAAAGGGUUCCAGCACCAGCGCAUGACGAAUGGAGCGAUGAAUGUGGAGAUCGGUAAUCCUACCUACAACAUGUUUGAGGGCGAAGCCGAGGAUGACGUUGGUGAACUGCUCGAUGCUGACUUUACCCUCGAUCCUGACAAGCCGACAAACUUCACAAACCCGGUUUACGCUUCUCUAUACCUGGAUGGGCCCAGCAGCCGCAAUUCGCUGGGAAGCACGGAUGAGAAGAAGGAAUUGCUUUCCAAGAGUCCCGAGGAAGAGCUUGCAGAGGCCCUGGCAUAGCCCACAUGCCUGCCAGCCACAGCAAACCCCCGCUGGGCCACGACACAAUUGUUUUCUACUACACUGUACAAAAUGUACAAAGCCAGAACUACUUUUGUAUGUGAAUGCAGUAUUAUGAAGAUGCUGAAAUGAUCAUGAUGACGAUGAUGAGGUUUUACUUUUGUUUUAUUAUUUUGUUUUAUUGGCACUACCUCUCUAUGCUUUUUUUUGGUUAGUUAUUAUUUUGGCUGACCCUUUUGUACAGGCAGUGUUACGGUUAGGAUAGGGGAACACAGUAGGCGAUGUGUGAUUUCACACCUGUUUUCAGAUGGGGCUGUGGUGAGGUUUAUUUGGAUACAGCAAGUCACUGAAGGAUAUGUUGCAUAGCCAGAAGCUUAGGAAACCAAUUGAAUGUCAUUUUACUUGGAUGUACUAUUUUUGAGGUAAGUAGCCAAAAGGGAUAUUUUAUUGUACACGAUGCUUAGAAAUAUAACAAAAAAACAUUAAACAUGCACACACCAGAUAAAAUGCAUACGUUGGAAAUACAUGGAAAAGGAAAUAUUUUACUCAAUUAUAUGUUAAGGCUUGCAAUGAAUUUUAAGCUAAAUAUCCUGCUAAAAUUAUGGAAAUUUAACAUUAUUGCUUAUUGUACUUACUAUAGUACUUUUAAAGGUACGAUGAAUCAUAUUGAAUUUUAGAUUUACAUACACGUUUUUAUUUUUUAAGGCUGCUCUGUAUUAUUGCAAUCAUUCCAUCGUUUUGUUCUAUUUUGAGUUUUGCUUCGGAUAAACGUCAAGAAGAUAGAGCUUGCAAGUUUCUACAUUCACAGUAAAGAAAAAAAUAUCAGUACAUAAACUGCCAUGCUGCUGCAUAAGUAAAAUAUAGGAUCAUAUACGAUUCAAGUUUAAGUUCCACGUUUGCCAAAAGUUGAAUUAAUUUAGUAGCCUUUCGGGUUUGAAAGUAUAUUUAUAGCUUGGAAUAGUAAUAGUUUUUAAAUACAUUUUAUGUAACUGUAUGUAAACACAUUCUGUACAUGUGUAACUACAGAAGACGUGCCCCUGAACAAAGCAUUAUUCAGAUGUACAAUAUAAAUGCAAGCUUGUGUUUCUUUUUUCCCCACUUUGCUGCUUCGUGAAAUCAAUCUUUUAACACAGAGCAUCAAAUUGCAUUCUUAAUAUCGGCUGCUGAGUGCUGAGGGCACUGCCUUACAUUUUACAUGUAUGCAGUGCACUGCAUGUCUUCAGUUACGGUAGUUUUAUAUAUAUAAAAAUUAUAAUCAUGUAAAUGUACAUCAUAUUUUUGUUAAAGCAGACAUGAACAUAAUGUAUUGUUGAAAAUGUUUACAAAUUUUUUUUUUCCUAGAGAUGAUCAAAUUUGAAUGCGACGAGAAAGCGGUGUUGAUUUACUGCACAGGUGCGUGGCUGGCGGUUGGAAAGUGGUGAUGUGUACCGGGUUUUGUUGGGGGUUUCAAAAGAGCUUGGGAGAAUGAAAAAAAAAGUUUUAAAAUAAACUUCAUUUUAAUUUAGCCAAAUGGAUUUGCAAUGAACGUCCUUUAACAUUGUAAUAAGUUAAAAAAAUCAUACUAAACCACACGGUGUCUGUGUUCUUCUUUAUUGCCCCGGAAGACAAUUUUGUCAACGUUUUAAGUUUGCUCCGAUAUUUUAUUUAUUACCUUCAGUUAUAGUAUAUACACAGUAUAUUCACACAUACACAAUUUACAAACACGUUACCAUUAAUUGUUCAUUAUAUAAGCUCUCCAGAUCGUACAUGAGUUGUGAUGUAACUUUCUUCCUACAUGCUGUAAGGGUACAGGUGAUAUUUUUGUGGUUCAGUUAAAAGAUUGAGCCACGAAUACGAAUCAGCAUAUCAAUACAUUGAAAAAAAAUCAUAUCUUUCAAACUAUAUAAAAUUUACUUUUUGCAAUAAACAAUUUUAAUGUUUUUAAGACUUGUAUUUAUGACACAUCGAUGAAAAGCAUAUUGGAUGCAACAAUAGUUAAGGUACAGUGAUAAGUCAUAAAAUGCAUAUUCCAUACAGAUUGAACUCAAUAAAAUGUUAUUUCUCAAAA